UGUAAAUUAUGUUUGGGAAAGAUCACGGCUGAUGCAGUGUGUUUCCUGAUAAUAUAACCCUUUAUCUUUACCUAUAUUUUAGUGAACUUUAACAUGUUUUUAUAUAGUACAAUGAAUAAACAUGUGCAUGUCUUUUGUUAUAGGCCUGUGGUUAAUGAAGUUAAUGAAGUGGAAGAAUGUACCUGUCUCCAUGUCUCAGAUGACAUUCUCAGAUCACAUAGACCCAAGACAAAGGUUCCUCUACAAACUUAGCCAGAAACCAGGCUUGGAGCACUUCAAGAAUGUGAUUUUAGCGGGCACGUUACAAGAUUACAUCGUUCCCUAUCACUCCGCUCGUAUUGAAAUGUGCAAAGACGCUACGAAGGGAGAUGAGUUAGGAACUGUUUAUAGUGAGAUGCUCCGAAACGUCCUUGAGCCUGUUCUAAACAACAAGAACUGUCAUUUUGUGAGAUACGACGCCAGUUUUGAACUGCCCAAACUACUCAGUAUUUUAGUUUGGGCUAUGGGCCACUGCGCAUUAAUCAAAUCUCGGCAAUUCUUGGAAAACUUCUUUCAAAACGUUGGCCUGAAAUACUUUGAAUAGAAGAAAUGUGAUGCCGGACGUGUUUAAUACUGUUGAAGUGCCAGAGACAUUGAAUUGCAGAACCGUUUUCUACCUUGUAGCACAAUGGACUAAUGGUGAGAUUUAUAUCUGUGUCGAUUGUUCCAUGUAUUUAGAAUCGGUUUUAUUCAACUGUGUUAUAGCUGAUUAAUAUACUGACAUAGGCUUAUUCUUACCUACAGAUUUACUGUGCAAUGCCGACAUUAUACACCUGGCCUAUAAGCAAAAAGAAGAGAAACCUUAAAGGAAAACUAUACCCCCAAAAUAAAUACUUAAGCAACAGAUAGUUUAU